GACCGUGACUUUAGGGGUUAUCAUACCAAAACUAUAGAUUCGAUUAUAUUGGAAGAGACGAAAAUAAGUGGACUGCCAUGCUCAAUGGAUGCUAGCAGUUCUCCGGAUUAGUUAAGAUUAGUCAAGACACGCGAAAGCUGACCGGGAAAGACAUAGGAUAUUAUAUAGAAUUUUAUAUUAACUAUGCAGAAUCCCGUCGAAAAUACAGCACUUCAUUAACGGCAAAAUAAGUUGAACCGAGCCAUGAUCCGGACCAUUUCAUGGCAUCCAAGUACUUCCUUAACCGACGUUUCAGUUUAUCAAAUAGUUGUCUGAAACCCCUACAGCAAUUUCAUGCUCAUCUCAUUGUCUCCAACUCACACCAGUCUUUAUAUCUCUUAACCAAACUGCUAACAUUGUAUUGCACCACAGGUUCAAUCAAACACACCCAUCAACUCUUUUUAACAAUCCCCAGUCCUGACUCUUUUCUUUACAGCACCCUCAUUAAUUCCACCACUAAAUUUCAUUUUCCACUUCAUUCGAUAUAUUUUUAUCAUCGUAUGAUUAGUUCUUGUGUGUGGCCUUCAAGUUAUGCUUUCUCUGCGGUGCUUAAGGCCUGUGCUGAGGUAUCGGGUUUGCUAUUGGGUAGAGUUAUUCACUGUCAUGUUUUGGCAUUUGGGUAUGGUCUGAAUGUGUUUGUUCAGGCUGGUUUGGUGAGUUUUUAUGCGAAAUGUGGGGAGUUGGGUGUUGCUAGGAAGGUGUUUGAUGGAAUGCUUGUGAGAAGUGUGGUUGCUUGGAAUUCGAUGAUUUCGGGGUACGAGCAAUAUGGGUAUGCUAAUGAAGCUGUUGGGUUGUUUGGUAGGAUGAGAGAUUCGGGUGUUGAGUUUGAUUCGGCCACUUUUGUGAGUGUGUUGUCUGCUUGUUCGCAAUUGGGGGCUAUUGGUUUGGGUUGCUGGGUGCAUGAAUAUGUAAGAAAUCAUGGGUUGUACUUGAAUGUCGUUCUUGGUACUGCAUUGAUUAAUAUGUAUGCUAAGUGUGGAAACGUGAGCAAAGCACGGGAAGUAUUUGAUUCGAUGGAGGAGCACAAUGUUGCAUCGUGGACGGCUAUUAUUUCUGGUUACGGGAUGCAUGGUCAUGGUAAGGAAGCAAUGGAGUUGUUUAAAUUAAUGAAAUUCCGAGGGCCACCUCCCAAUAGUGUGACGUUUAUAGCUGUGUUAUCAGCAUGUGCUCAUGCAGGCUUAGUCCAACAAGGACGGGAAGCUUUUGCUGCCAUGACACGGGAUCAUGGCUUAGUGCCUAAAAUGGAACAUCAUGUUGCUAUGGUUGAUAUGCUUGGGCGUGCUGGACUUUUAGACGAAGCAUUUCAACACCUAAAAGAUCUAGACUCUGUUGGACCAGCACCAGCCAUGUGGACUGCAAUGCUUGGGGCUUGCAAGAUGCACAAGAACGUGAAUCUUGGUGUACAAGUUGCCGAACAUCUUUUAGCUGCUGAACCUGAAAUUUCUGGUCACUAUGUUUUGCUUUCAAAUAUAUACGCAAUGGCAGGCCGGACUGACAGAGUGGAAGUGGUCAGAAACAUGAUGAUUCAAAAAGGUCUAAAGAAGCAAGUGGGAUAUAGCACAGUCGAGAUAGAUCAGAAGACUUAUUUGUUUAGCAUGGGUGACAAGUCCCACGUAGAGACGACUGCAAUUUAUCAGUUUUUAGAUGAGUUGAUGCAGCAGAGUCGAGCUGCGGGUUAUGUGCCUGUAUCUGAGUCUGUAAUGCAUGAACUGGAAGAAGAGGAAAGAGAAUAUGCGCUUAGAUAUCAUAGCGAGAAACUUGCUGUAGCAUUUGGUCUUCUUAAGACCAAGCAGGGAAUGACAAUAACAAUCGUGAAGAACCUGCGUAUGUGUGAAGAUUGUCACGCAGCUCUAAAGUUCAUUUCAGUUAUUUGCAGUAGAGAAAUUAUUAUUCGAGAUAAGCUUCGAUUUCACCAUUUUCAAAAUGGUUCAUGUUCCUGUAUGGAUUAUUGGUAACCACAUAAGCACACAGUUCAAGCUGAGAUAAGCUUCAAUUUCACCAUUUUUGGCACUUCACAUUCUUCACUUGAUAAGUCCCUCUAGGAUGGGUCUAACCACAUCGAUCUCAAUUUUAAU